CUUCUGCCCAGAGCCUUUCUUUGCUUGCCUUCGCCUUUGCAUGUGGGCUCCGUGGCUGUAGAGCUGAGUGGGCAUCAUGGCUGCUCAGACAGAUGUCUAUGAUGCCAUCGUGAUUGGGGCAGGCAUCCAGGGCUGCUUCACUGCAUACCACCUGGCCAAACACAGGAAGAAGGUCAUCCUGCUGGAGCAGUUUUUCCUGCCACACUCCCGGGGGAGCUCCCACGGGCAGAGCCGGAUAAUCCGAAGGGCAUACUCCAAGGACUUUUACACCCAGAUGAUGGAGGAGUGCUACCAGAUGUGGGCCCAGCUGGAGCAUGAGGCGCGCACCCAGUUGCACAGGCAGACUGGACUAUUGCUGCUGGGAGUGAAGGACAAUCCAGAAUUAAAGACAAUCCAGGCUACUUUAUCUAGGCAGGGGGUGGAACACCAGAGUCUUCCAUCUGAAGAACUGAAGCUACGUUUCCCCAAUAUCCGGUUGGCCAGGGGAGAAGUGGGGCUCUUGGACAAGUCUGGAGGAGUUCUGUAUGCAGACAAGGCCCUCAGAGCCCUCCAGGAUGCAAUUCGACAGCUAGGAGGCCUAGUGCAUGAUGGAGAGAAGGUAAUGGAGAUAAAACCAGGGCUACCAGUUAUGGUGAAAAGUACCUCCAGGAGCUACCAAGCCAAGAGCUUGAUCAUCACAGCAGGUCCUUGGACCAACCGGCUCCUCCAUCCCCUGGGAAUUGAACUGCCUCUCCAGACCCUGCGGAUCAACGUGUGUUACUGGCAAGAAAAGGUUCCCGGGAGCUACGGUGUGUCCCAGGCUUUUCCAUGCCUCCUGGGCCUGGGCCUCAGCCUAACUCCCUACCACAUCUAUGGGCUGCCCUCUGGAGAGUACCCAGGGCUGAUGAAGGUCUGCUAUCACCACGGCAACAGUGCAGAUCCUGAAGAGCGGGACUGCCCAGCAGCAUUCUCAGACAUCCAAGACGUCCAAAUCCUGAGCCGCUUUGUCCGCAAUCACUUACCUGACCUAGAGCCUGAGCCUGCCAUUAUGGAGCGCUGCAUGUACACGAACACCCCUGAUGAGCACUUCAUUCUUGAUCAACACCCGAAGUAUGACAACAUUGUCAUUGGUGCUGGAUUCUCCGGACAUGGAUUCAAGCUGGCCCCUGUUGUGGGGAAGAUCCUGUAUGAAUUAAGCAUGAAAUUAACACCAUCCUAUGACCUGACACCUUUUCAGAUCAGCCGCUUUCCUGGCCUGGGCAAAGCCCACCUUUGACCCCUGGCCAGCAGCCUCCCUUCCGUGCACAGGAGCUGGAAAUAAAGCCUUCUGUGUGGUAGGGAAAGACUUCUCAGCUGAAGGAAGUGGCUGUGAGAUGUAGUCCUUUUUUUCUGCCUCUUGUGAGUCGUCCACACCAGAUGAUUGAAGCUACCUUCUUUCCCUGGCCAGUUCCCCAAUCCUACUACUUUUUUGCUUCCAAAAGGUCAAUCAGAUAUUCUGUAGUCACAGAGUAGCGAGGACCUUUGAGAUGGAUGUCUCAAUAAGGAGGGGGUGUAAGGACUGGCUCAGGAGACCAAGGCAGUUGUUAAAAUUCUCUUCACUGUGACAUUUGAUGAACUUGGGUUGGAUUUGACAAGAUCUGCCCAGGGGAGGUAACCAAGAUAAUAGAUAGAACACUGCUGCCCUUGGACUUCUUUUUCCUAAAAGAGGAGCCACCCUCCAUUACAAAGCCCCAUGAAAUCUGGAUCAUCUUGAGUGCACAACAAACACUGGUUGAAAGAAAUGUGUUGACAAACAAACAAAUAGCUGUAUUGCAUUAAAAUCUGUGGUGGGCUUUAUCUUCCAUGUAACCUUGUUUCUUGCAGAGUCUAAUUGUCUUAAUCAGCACCACAGAAUCCAUCCCACAGAAUCCUUGGGGUUCUUACCCCCUCGAUGCACUACACCCUCUUUCCCUGGAUUUUUCUGUCUGGUUCUCAUGCUCUCUCUGCUUCUGUAAAGAAGCUCAGUUCCCCAGUCUCUCAUUAGGGUGUAUUGUCAGGUCCUUAUGAAGAUGGAGCUGUUAUACCAGAAAGAAAGAGACAUACUCGCUUAGAAACCCUGCUCAAUGUUUGAAUGUUAAAUGUGCCAUUUUAUUAUCAUUAGGAUUGCUCCCACUUAAUGAAACGGCAUUAGCACCGAGUCGGCUGGCCUCCUUGCACUAAUUGCUUUGGAAGGGAACAGGCUCAUAAGCACCCCAGGCUGGGUGGAGGGGUGAGGGGUGUAAACAGGGCCUCAAGCAAGGCAGAAUGCACUCAGAUGAAAUCCAAGCAGGAGGCUCCAGAGCACACCAGUUUGACCUGAGAGAAUAGGAACUGCAGUGCUCUGGGGAGAGAAAAACGGGCUGAGUGGGGUG